AUCAGGCAGAAAGAAGGAAAUAUGGGGAAAAUACUGAAAAGUGGAUUCCCACAGGGCCUCAAAUGAUCCUCUAGAGAAUAAUCUUAUCCAGAAGCAAGAACCAACUGGCACGUCAAUGAACCCCAGCUUUGGCCGAUCAGGUGGAAAAUAGGCUGGAGAGCUUAUAUGGUAACUUUCCGCAUUUGGUGCUGUGACCCAACACAUCUCCCCAUCUCUGCAGAGAAACCUGAGACUAUGAGGAGCAGCCUGACCCUGGUGGGGACCCUCUGGGCCUUCCUGUCUCUUGUGACUGCUGUGGCCAGUUCUACCAGUUACUUCCUGCCUUAUUGGCUCUUUGGAUCUCAGUUGGGGAAGCAAGUGUCUUUCAGCACAUUCCGGAGAUGCAACUAUCCUGUGAGGGGAGAAGGGCACAGUCUGAUCAUGGUAGAAGAAUGUGGGCGCUAUGCCAGCUUCAGUGCCAUCCCAAGCCUGGCCUGGCAAAUGUGCACAGUGAUAACAGGUGCCGGCUGUGCUCUGCUGCUCCUGGUGGCACUGGCUGCUGUCCUGGGCUGCUGUAUGGAGGAGCUCAUUUCCAGAAUGAUGGGUCGUUGCAUGGGAGCAGCGCAGUUUGUGGGAGGUAAGACUAUGUCCCUGGGACUGGCCCUAUUCCCAGCUAAUUGGGAUUCACCCAAGACAAACCAGAUACCAGGUAAUCUAUCUGUCCCUGUUUCCACAGGUACCUGUCAGCUUGGCUGGGCAUAUUACUGUGCUGGAGGUGGAGCAGCUGCAGCCAUGUUGAUCUGCACCUGGCUCUCUUGCUUUGCGGGAAGAAAUCCCAAGCCUGCUGUGUUGGUGGAGGGCAUCAUGCGGAACACUAAUUCUUAUGCCAUGGAGCUUGACCACUGCCUCAAAUCUUGAGCUUUGAAAGAAGUUUGGAAAGGUUGGGGAAGUGGGAGGGAAAGAGGCCCUGAAAAGAGGUACUUAGACCAGUUGUCACUCACUUGCCAAGUAAGGCAGCCUAGUGUUUGCAUGCUUUUUAAUCUACUUGUUAUUCAUUGUCACUUUCCUUUAAGCCAGUGGGAUAGUGGCUAUUUACAAAAUUUAUCUAGGACAAUGAAUCUUUUUAAUGUUUACCCAACCAGUGAGAACCCACUAACUCCAGAGUCCUGAAGUCCUCCUUCAUACAAAAUAAAGAGUAGAUCCUGGAAGGUAACUGUACAACCAAGCAGCUCUCAGAGUUCUAUAGUUCCUAUCACUUAACCCAAAGCUUAAAGUCUGGGUAAGAACCGUUGUGCAAGGAGGGAGAAGGAGACAGAUAAGACUGGUUCCUACCAUUCCAUUCAUAUGAGCCUCUCCUUGAUACAUACUGUCAUGCAGAAACAUUCCUGGAGUACCACUGCUCAAAAGUUUGCAACUCUCAUGUCUGUAUCUUACCUCUUUCCCUUUUCACCCGUUUUUCUUCCUUUCCCAGUUGUGGAAAAAUUUUGUCAGGGAGAGUGACUCCCAAUGGGGAAAUAUUAAUCAAUGAUGCUUGCAUACAGUCUGAGGUCCCUUUCUCAUUAUACUUUAGAAUAUUCAUAGGAGUUCACUGUGUUUUCUGGUUAGGAGACUGACAUCAAAAUAUAGUAGUGAUUAUUCCCUAGUCCUUUAUAGAUACAGAAAGGUGUUCAAUGAAAGUUCUGAGAAAACAAUUUGUGGGAACUCAAUAAAUAUAGAUUCACAGUGUU